AUGCGUCUCCUCGCACCCGUCCUUUUCGGUGCCGCCAUGGUUCAAGCAAAGUCUUCAGCACCCAAGAACACCGUCUUAUGUGGCCAGUACGAUACUCACUGGAGCGCAAAUCAAUCUUACACGUUCAACACAAACGAAUGGGGCGAUGAUGGUUCUGGCGCUCAAUGCAUCAGUGUCAACAAUGCUACUACCGAUUUCAAUGCUACUUGGUCAUGGAGCGACAACCCGACUCUGGUUCACUCGUUUCCCAACAUCAAGUUGCAGUCUGAUUUACUCCCAAUCGAGCUAUCUAACCUUUCUCAUCUGAACAUCUCGGCGUCAUGGUCAAUGAACCCGAGUUCCAGUUCAGUUGAAAAUCUGGACACUAUCGACGCUGCCGCAAAUGUUGUUGUUGAUAUGUUCUUGGACACUGAUCCAACGACGGCAAACAGCACCACUUUGCCAAAGUAUGAAGUUAUGAUAUGGAUUGCAGCUUACGGUGGAAAGAAGCCAAUUGGUUUCAGCUCAUCCAUCAAAAACCCGCCUACGCAUAGUCUCAAUGGGACGAUAUAUACACUCUACUCUGGUGCUAACAACAAUGGCCAAUUCGUGUACUCAUGGCUGGCACCAUCCAAUGUGACAACCUUCGACAGAGAUAUCUCCCCACUGCUACACUAUCUCUGGCAGCACAAGCUAAUAUCGGAGUCCAACUAUCUCGGUGUUGUCCAAUUCGGGACAGAAACCUUCCACGCAAGCUCGAAUGUCACAUUCUCUGCCCAGGAUUUCAACAUCAGUGUCGCUGCCGGACAACCGCUUGUGGACUCGAGAGCUGCUGGAGGGGCACUCCCCAACCUGGUCCUGCUUCUCCUUCCACUCGCAUUCUUCUUCACUUUCACAUGUUCAUGA